GGGAGGGAAGGUUUGUCACUCCGCGGCUUCCGUCGGCGCGCACCCUGAUGUGUCGUUUUGCGCUUGCCGUAGUCGGACAUGGCGGAAUAUUCGUGCGUUAAAUCCACCAAGCUCGUCCUCAAAGGGGCGAAAGAGAAGAGCAAGAAAAAGCACAAAGAGAAGAAAAGGAAAAGGGAAGAGGAUGCGGCAGAGCAACUUGAUAUUGUUGGAAACUGGUGGGCUGUCCGUAAUUUUGGUGAAAUUACGGGAACGAUAGCUAUAGAAAUGGAUAAAGGAGCUUACAUCCAUGCCCUCGACAAUGGCUUGUUUACUCUUGGAGCACCACAUAAAGAUGAUGAAGGCCCUAGUCCUCCCGAACAGUUUACAGCAGUAAAGUUGUCUGAUACAAGGAUUGCUCUGAAGUCUGGUUAUGGCAAAUACCUUGGUAUAAAUUCAGAUGGACUUGUCAUUGGACGUGCAGAUGCGAUAGGGUCAAGAGAGCAGUGGGAACCUGUCUUCCAAGAUAAGAAAAUGGCAUUACUAGCAGCAAACAGCCGUUUUAUUAGAUGCAAUGAAGAGGGAGACAUAGAAGCCAAAAGCAAAACUGCAGGGGAAGAAGAAAUGAUCAAGAUUCGUACUUGUGCUGAAAGAGAAGCUGAGAAGAAAGAUGAUCUUCCACAUGAAGACAAAGGAAACGUUAAACAGUGUGAAAUCAAUUAUGUAAGGAAAUUCCAAAGUUUUCAAGACAAAAAGCUUAAAAUAAGCAAAGAAGAUACAAAAGCCCUUAGAAAAGCCAGGAAAGAAGGCACUUUUCAUGAAAUGCUGCUUGACAGGAGAGCAAAAGUGAAAUCGGAUAGAUACUGCAAGUGACAACCAGCUGGUCCAUUUUCUUCUACAGCUUUGAUGAUAGUGUCAUAAUUGAAAACAAGAGUAAAAUGUUUUGUAAUUAUUUUUUAUUGAA